UCGAAUGGAAAUUUGCCGCCAGAAAAGAAGGCUUGCCUACAAAUUGUUUGGCAAGAGUUUACAUGUUGAAAGUCACCAUCCUCUGGAAAAAACUGUGAACUGACAUUUGAAGAGGCGCUCGCGCCCGCCGUUACACAGGCACGACAGAACGCGCUCCUGAGGAGGCACGGCGAGGUUCGCAGAAAGAAACGCCUUCUUAAGGCCGAAGCAACGAGAGUCUUCAUCGGCACACUAAAUACAGCUGUUUUUCAUAUCUUGUGUGCGUGCUUGUCUGAAGGAUGCAGCGAAGUAGGUUGAUAAAUUUGGGGCCUUGCCUCCCAACGACAUCGCGGCGCUACCUCCCUCCAUAACCGAGCAUCGCGGGUAGCCGAGUGGCAUGCGAUGUGUGCACUUGUGUCUCGUCCUUCGCAUGUGACUUCCCUCACCGUUUUUCCAUGCGCACUGCUUUUACACGGGCCUGAAGGAGAAUCUGCCUCGACGAGGGAGAAGCUUGCGCACACUUCCCGGUGACGGUACUCUUCGUAAAGAAAAAACCGAUGAAACGCUGUGACUAGCUUCCAGCGCAAAUACUGCUGGGGGAUCACAUCUUUCACUCCAUCUCCAAAGAGUUAUUUGGGCCGAAGCUCAUGAGCUCAUGCCGGGACGUGGGCGGCAGGGCCGGAGUCCCGAGCUUCGUGGAUCGACUGCGCCACACAGCCAGCGAGGAGCAACACGAAAAUGUGGAAAUUCAUCAAUCGGCGAAAACGAGCAAGGGUGGGCCAGCAGAAGGGACACAGUCGGUUGUUUGGCGUUUCCGUUUGUCUGUCCUGCGCGCCGGUCACCCCAAGGCUUCCGAUCGACCACGUCUGCUUCUGGGGAAAGCCGUCCCGAGGUAGGACCGUCAGAACUGCUUUUUGCCUGCCUCCAGCAGCUCCAACUGCCAGAGUGUCUGCAUCUUCUUCUUCACCAUGGAGCAGAUCCGUUUCACCAGCCGCUUCUCUACUCAGACGAGGCAGCGCGGUCCCUUUUCAAUAUCCUCCCGAAAGCACUCGUUAGCGACCACUUCGACUGGGAAUGUCCGAGUUCGGCUGGACACGUUUCCCACCAUCAGACACGCCCUUCGCCGAUGCAACUGGCCUCACGACUCUGUGCUCUUCUCCGGUCGCCGCCCCGGAAGAACCUUGCUGACCCCUAUCUGGAGAGGUGCUUUCUCGUGAAAUCUGUGGGUGAAAAUUCUGUUUUCCCUCCGACGUUCUCAGGGGCUACAAACGUGUCGCUUUUCAGAUGUCUCUGUACAUGGGGAGCGGCAUCUUCCCACCAGCUCGGUCACCUUCUGUUCUCUUCCGCAUCUGGGAAGCGAACGCAUCCUCCACGGCCCGUCCACUUCUCGUUCGAUGAUGAGGCGACCUCUGAGUUGUUCUGCAGCAGAGGUCCACAGUUGUCCAGUCAAAGACGACCGUCAGAUCCGCUGUCCUCGGCCCCACACUCAUCUUCUCCGUCGUUGUCGUCCUGUGUUUCCUCUCCCCCUUCGUCUAAGCCUUCUGUCCAGCCUUCUGCUGCCUCCCUGGUCUGUUCCGCAUGCAGUGCCAGAGCGAGAAAUGGAGCAAGCAGCUUGCGUGUGCAACUCAUUCGCUGUGGAGCUUCCAUCAGCCUCGCAGCAACGUUCGAUGGAGAGGUGUGGGUGUGGGGAAAAGGCGGCGACGGCGGUCACCAAAUCCUUUCAGAGCCAACGCUUCUUCGAGGGCUUGUUGAGCCUCUGGAAUCCUUUUCGAGUUUCACACAUGGAAGCUCAAGAGGAAAGCGUUCUGGGACCUGCGGUGGUUCUCCGCGGCGGUCGCAACUCAUCUCAAGUGGUAGAGAACAACAGCCGGAAUUCCUCCCAAAGGCUGGCGACGCUUGCUACCGAUGCGGCUGCACCUUUCUUGACGAUACCGGAAAGAAACACACGCGAGGAAGGAUUAUCAGAGACGCGGCCGUUGGCGCCUCGCAUUGUCUGCUCCUCGUCGAUGUAGCAGUUGCCGAGCGACCCGGACUUAGCCCUGAGGAAACGAUGGUAUCCUGCGGACGUCGAACUCACUCGGUGCCGAAAAGCAGAGGCUCAGACUCCGAUGGAAGCGAGGAAGCUCUGGACAGAUCCCACCUCGCAGAGGGAGGGACGCAGUUUUCUUGUAGAAGGCGAGAACCAAAGGGAGACAGCCACGAUAGCCCCUCGUCUCAGCGGAUACGCAGGCGGCGCACGAAUUCCAGGGCCUACCCCGGAGGAGGUCCCCUUCCGCCUGUAUUGGAGCCCUUGUCUUUUGAUGCUCUCCGAAGCAACGAAGAACGUUCUGGGCCGAUGUCAGAGGACAGUGACGAGGGCUGCGUUGGCGAGGAGCCAGUGAGUUGUAAACAAGAAAACAGCGGCAACGUCUGGGUGUAUCGGAACGAACGACGACUGUACGCAUGGGGAUACAACUCGAGCUGUCAGCUCGGCUUCUCCCCCCGAAAAUGCCGACCAAAUGACACGGCGGGCCACGGACGCAACCGUCACCAGAAGUCCGGUUCCUCUGUAGGAAGUUUAGACAGCCGUGACAUUGGUGAUGUAGGCUUUGUCUCCCAGUCGCUGUCCUUGGGUUCCUCGUCUGCCUCUGAAGACUCAGAUGCAUCGACGACGACGAACCCCCGACGAAUGCGAAAUCUCUCCACACGACAGCGGGGCGAUGAAGCUAGCGAGCAGCCUUCCGCUUCUGGAGAUGCGACCUGCUCAGGCACAUCUCGAGAGACAAAACUGUCCGAGACGCGGCUGGCAGUUGGUGAGAGCCAGACAAACUCAAUUCACCGUAAAACGUCCGGCGAAGCUGAGGAUUCUUUCACGUUUCGUCCAGUGCUGCUCUGUAGCUGGAAGUCCGCGCCGCUCGUCGAACCCUAUUCGCCAGGCGACCGCCCAUCUCCAGCCGCUUUGCGUGCAGAGUCAUCCCUUGGAGAGCCUCACAUGUUUUCCGCUGAGACAGAAACUGAGAGAAAAUGGGCAGAGGGAUCGUGCCGCAGUCGGCGACAGACAGCGUUUGGAUCUUCGUCUGCUUCGCAUAAAGAAAUAUUCGGGGGUCGCAGAAAGGCUUUCUCGCGCUCUGUGCCUCUCUUUCCUGCCACCUGGAAGGUCGAUGCCGUUGCUGCGGGUCUGACACAUUCCCUGCUUCUUCUCGACGAUGGUCGUGUAUGCGUUUUCGGCGACAACACGUUUGGACAAUGCGCUCAGCCACCUUCAGUGAGGAAUGUCAAAGCGGCUCUUGUCCUCAGCAGUCUGCCUCCAUGCACAGCGAUCGCGGCGGGUCAAAAUACAAACAUGUCUAUUUCUCGACCUCCUCAGAAGGUCUUCGUUUGGGGAGGCAGUCGCGUCGCUGGCUCUCGAAUUGCCAGUUCCCUGUCUGUUGGGAUAUCGGACUCCUCGUGUGCACCUUCGUCUUCGUGUGCUUCUAGCGCCUCCUCAUCGGCCUCAACUUGUGCGGUCUCUGGUGGCCGAGGUGCCCCAGCGAUUCUUCCCUUCUUUUCUCCCAUGCGCUUGAAGGGCGUGGGGAGGCGAGAAGACGACUUGGGGACCACCCAGGAUGGCUGGACAACGCAAACAACAUCUCAGGGGUGUCCGGUCUUUUCGACCGACACUCUGGCGGUCAAUGACUCUGUCGGGCUCGCGGUUGGCGCUGAUGAGAGGGUUUACAUCUUUCACUGCGGCGUCCGGCCGCCAAUUGUCUUUCCAGCAGUGCCACUUCUUUCCACGUCCGACGUCUCGGAAUCUCCACCCUCGCCUCAACCCUGCCCUUCUGUAUCUCGGAGCCGCGGCGCGCCUGCUGUUGCCGUCUCGCCUAGUGCGCCGAACGGGCGCGUCUCUUCGCCGCCCGUUUAUCUCCAUCUGCCUCCGCCUCGGACGUCGUCAAGCCCCUCGGGGGGAGUGCGGCAGAUGUCUUUGUCUUCCUCCCAGAUCUUUCUUCUCACUGGAGACGGUCUGCUGUAUUGUGCGCCGAUCCCUGAGGCCUCGGCCUUCACGAGACAGCCAGGAAAGGAGAAUGACCUUUCACGACGGGGAUGUGCGUCUCUGCUUCCUGCCAAUCCAAAGGAGACACAGGCAAGAAGUGGAGCACCGUCCCUUUCUUCUGUGACCAGUUUGCCUAGAUCGGUCGCAUCCUUUUCGAAUUUGUCUCCGUUUAUCUUGUCACCCUCCAUGCCGGAGCCCCUGCCGCCUGAACCCGCGUUGUGUCUCCCGCCUUCGGCGCACCCUGGCCUGAGUUUUCACGAGGCGCCGGGACUUUCUUUGAGGCCCACCUCUGGGGUCGCUGCCUCUGAAUCUCUGGAAGGUUCGCCCACCGAUUUGAGAUGCAAGGGGGGGGGUCCUGACGGGUGUGACGGAGACAGAGUCAAGGCCAUAGGCCCCGACUGCCUUGACCGCCGCCGUGGUACCAACUUGGGUCCGCCAAGAGAAGAAAUUUUACCGUCUGCAGCGCCGUGGAGUGUGUUCCUCCAUUUCACGCCUGUUCGCGAGGCAGCGAGCAUCGGUUCCUUCGCAUGCAGUGAAAACCACACAGCUGUGAUUGUGGAGAUUCACUCGCCUCAGUUCCCCCCUUACACUCGUCCGGCUUUGCGUAGCUCGCCUGUCGAUCAGCAGGUCUGUGCAGCGAUUCGCGCUUCUUUCGGAAACCCCCGACACCACGUAAACCACAACAACAUUGCUCCUUUCCCAUCUACCUCCUCUGGCGAAUUGCCUCCUUCCACCUCGCCCCCGUCGCCUCGGGGCCCCACUGUCUCCGCUUGUCACCCGCCGUCUCUUGCCGCUUGCGCGGCCCAGGCCUUGCUCCGCCCGAAACCUCCCUUCCCGGCCUCUGUAGGUCACGUACUCGAAACUGUCGCUCCACUUGCUGUGUCUCUCCGCGACAAGAGUCUCUUCGACUUCUGCUGUCUCUUUCUCCUCUUCAACCUGCCGCUUCUGUUCCUCGCUCUUCACCGCAAGACCGCCUCGGCCCUUGCGGGCCCCACAACCGGGCUCGUCCUCAGCCGCGACAUCCCAGCCCUGUUCGAAACCCUGGGCUCUGCAAAACGGAUUUACCAGUUUUCCACCUCCUCAAGUUCUUUUUCGCCAGCCUCUUGCGAGAGCGGAGACGUUUUUCUCCCAGCAACUGCAGGCAUGCAGUACAUCUUGAGAUCGUUUAAGGCAGCCGUGACCACGGCAUAUUUAGAUGAAGGCACUGAUAAACUCCUUGCUCUCAACCUGAACAGCCUUCGUGACCCGCUGAACCCAGCGUGGGUAAGCGACCCCCAUGAUGCAUUGCCUCGCCGCAGCAGGCAAGAGAGGAGAGACAUCCGACGAUCUCCCUCACUCUUCUCCUCCUUCACCGAGUGGUCACCUUCCCACACGGCCCCGGAGACGGCCUCGGGCUCCGACGACGACUGGGCAGAGCCCUCGCGCCCUUUGUAUGGUGGGGGAACACAUCCGACCUCCCUCACGGGGUCUCACGAGGCGCGAGUGACCUCCGGGCUCUUGGAGACGACACGGGGGCUGUCGCAGCCCUUGAGGCAGCGGUGCUUGGAUGACGAGCAGCUCGCGAAUUCCGUUGGAGAUUCGGCAUGUCCGAGCGACAUCCCGGCGAUUCCCUGGUGGGUCGAGGCUUGUGCGCAGCAGCCUCAGAGAUCUCAUCGGUGUGAAGACUCGACGACGAGACGGAAGGGCCCUAGACUGUCUCACGCCUCUGCUACGAUGGAGACAGCCCACGAGACGGGUCAGGAGCCGGAGACAGACCGGCGAGAGGACGUUUUAAGACGUUCGAAAGACAGGAGGCCCCGCAACGAGACUGAAGCUUUUGGAAGUGUCUGUAGGGAAUCGGAUGUAGACCGAAAGGAUAAGAGAGAGCAAGCAGAGAGACGGGUCGCUUACCCUCUAAUGGCGAUAAGGGGCGAAUCGUCAACAGGCCUCGCCAGCCACAUGGAAGUCUCUCUGGAAGCGGCCUCUUCUUCGUCGAGGGACGUAUCUUCUUUGGGUCCUGCUUCCUCCGGAGGUGCUUCUUCCCAUGCAGAAAUGCUGCCUGCUUCCGAAGUUUUGUCCGGUCAAGGCGGCACAGAAUCUCGUUCGUUUUCAAGCCGGGUUCCUCCUGUGUCUUCAGUCCUACUUGCAAGCAGCGGUUCUUCCUCGUCUUCAUCCUUUUCUCACGAAGAAGACGUUUGGACCGAGGAAGGGAGGCAGGCUGUGGCUUUGUGGACGGAGCUGAUGGGUUCGAGUCUGGAUGACGGACAGUCUGUGAGGUCGUUUCUGAGCGCCGGAGCAGAAGAUCUCGCGACUGUGUUGGGAGCUCCUCUGCCUCACCGGAGAGUGCGCGAGCGAGGAGACAGUUUUCCUCGUUCGCAGCAGCACCCCUCCCGUUCAGGCGACGAUUCGAGAGGAAUGGUCCGUGGUGACGCCAGUCGGCUAUCCUCUUCCUCACUCACACAGCCGUUUCUCUUGCCGGAUAUCGCCAAUUUCCUCCCUUAUGAGAACAUCCUCUUCCGCCUUCCGCGGCGAGCAAGCGACCUGCUAACCUCGUCCGAAAAUGCGCUCCUGGAGAGGCGCCUCAUCGAUCAGUGGUCAGGCGCCUUCUGGGUAGACGACAAGGAAGGCAAAGCGCGAGGGGGAACAAAGGUGAAAGAACACAGAGGCCGGCAAAAAGGAGACGGACGGAGGCCUUUGCUCGAAGGCAAACUGACAGGCCAGUGCUUGAAGAGAGAGGACGUGGAAGCGGAGGAAAUUCAGGGACCUGCGUACAGGGGGCCGGGCGAGAAUGCAAGCGACGAGGGCAGAGAGCAGGGAGCAGGAGGGAAGUGGCGAAAUAAAGGAGAUGGAAAGGCGGUUGAGGGCGCUGAAUCCCAAGAGGGAAGGAACAGCGAGGGAAUUACGAUGAAUGCGAAAACGUUUGUGGACACAUCAGAGACGAAAGAGCAAAGUGGAAAGAACACAAGUGAGGAUGAGGUCAGAAAUGCUCGACAGUCAAGGAACGCAACUGAUCGCCAGGACCUAAACAAAGGGGUAGAUCUGAAUGAAAGAGACGACAUGCAGGAGCCGCUUAACGAGGCCGACAUGUCCAACCAGCGUUCGAUAGGGAUGCUGGGGAGAUGGACAACACCUUUUGUGCCAGCAAAAGAUGGUGCCAGCGAGGCGCAAGUGCAACAGGAAGGAGCAUGGACGACAGCAUCUGAUAUUGGAAGAUUCCCCAGCCAGAGAGAGGAACGAAACCGAGCGCGACCGCACGGCAACGGUGUCGAGGACUGGCGGAAACGUCUUCAGACCUUCUCGCCGGCUUUUGCUCCCUUGUCUCCCUCGUUGCCUCCAUCCUCAUUCCCUCUGUCUUCUUCCCCUGUACCUCACCCCUGUCGUCCAUCCUCGUCUAUUGUCUCUCCCGCACUUACAGCAUCCCUUGCACCUACCCUGCGGCUGUCAGAGGCGGAGUUUCCUUGUUUGUCUCCAGUUCUUGCUACUGGUCGACUUCCCAAUCCCAGAGGCGCGGGAGUCUUUGAGUCCAAACUCAGCCCCGUGGGCUCGCAGACCAGCCCCCCAAAAGUCGCCCCACUGUGCCCCCUGUUGUCCGCGAGUCCGUCAGGCCACACGCCAAACUCCGCAAGGCCCACUAGCCGAUGGGAGAACCACGACCGCCAAGUCAUUGAUAGAAAAAGCGGAGAAGAACGAACUGUCUCCUUGGACGACACUGGUCUGCCUGUGGCUACUCCAAGGUGGUCACCCGAUGAAAGUGGAGGAACCGACGACAACGACCCCUCUGGAUUCAUGGACCCGGACCCAGCGUGGAAUCAUGUGGAGAAUAGACACAGGAAACAGAGCAGCGUGCUUAGACGGGAAAAUGGAAACUGUGUCUUGACUAGAGGGGAGGUUCGAAAGACUAUCCCAGGUCUCGCGCCGCCGUGUAGCCACCCCCCAGAGAAACCACAGCAGUCCUCGGCCUCCUCAGUGGUGGCAUGGGGGAGAGGCAUCGCGGGAGGAAACGGUCCGGAUGUAUAUGACGCUCAGGGAAGCAGUCUGAGGAUGCCGAGGCCUGGGGAACCUGUCACCGCGUCCACCACAGAAACCAAGCAGGUUUCAAAGAUCGAUAUUCCUGCCUCUCUGAGUCAACGGGGUCACGAGGUGGAGACAGCAGCGCGCGGACGCGGCGACACGCAUCCGAGUGGACGGGGGUUUGCCCUUGAAGACUUCUUGGUUGUUUCACAUUCAAGAAAGAAGAAGAGAAAGAAUGGGAAAGACACCGGGGUACUAGAUGAGCUAAAAGACCAGGCACAUACUCAGCAUUCCACGCAGCGUCCGGGGCCGUGGAACAGAGGCAGUGCUGGGAGGGAGAUGCCGGUCCCUGGCUCCGCGAGCGCUUCCCCAGAACUUGCGCCUGUUCCGGAUCUGUCAGCCAUUAUGCGUGAAGAAGAACUUCUUCGUCAGGAGCGAGCACUGAAGUUUCAGCUUCGGCAGUCUCAAGCACUCGCUCAGCACCCUUCCUCAGUGGUACGCGUAUCGGGACCGCCUUCAGUCGUCGUCGUCUCUCGCCAAAGCGCGACAGCCUCCGCGGCGCUUACCUCGGGCACCGUCUCCGGGACAGCCGGAGCUAGGAGCCGGCCCCUGUGCGACCGGCCUGCGGGCCCCGGGGGCGCCCGGCCGUCGAGGCCCGACGCCGCUUCUUUCAACCGCUGGGGGCGAGAAGCUGCACUGCGCCUCCAGGGCGAAGAAGGUUUUUGUGCUUCGGACCUUACAGCUAUCCAGCGUGAGCAGAUCGAGGAGCAAGAAGAAGACUUAGCGAGGCGGCAAGAGGAAGCAGAACUCCAGGAGGCCCUACGUCUUAUCCGGGAAAUGGAAGAGCGGGAACGGCAACAGGAAGCCGCUUUUCAGAGGGAAAUUCGUCGAGCUGCAGUAAUAGAGAGACGCCGAAUCGAGGCCAGCAAUGCCACGAGUAAAGUGGCGAGAAAAGCACGUUCGGACGGGAAUCGCCGUGGGCGUCAUGGCGCUUCUCAUCACCUUCGAACAGAAAGGCUCCCGUAUGGUCCCGGUGACCAAAUCCCAGUUCCUUCUCAGUCGACUUGUCAGGGACAUCCUCGCCGGGGCCGCCGCCCCCAUCCCGUCAAAUCGGGAAAUGGUGGAUGUGAGUCACACCCGUCGACGCAGCAGCAACUCUGAAGGUUCAAUGUGAAGUGGAUGUGCACAUUGGCCUACGCAAACAAGCGUACGUCUACGCUGAAUGUGGACAAGACACAUCCGUGUCACGUAAAGCUAAACAUAAAUGAAUUUUUUUAAAACGUAAAUACAUGUGUGCUGCUUGCCCGGUGGCACUCCGGGGAUCCACUCCGAGUGUGUGAGAACCACCGCGGGGGCUCUCUUGUUCUGGGUACGCGUGUGAGGGCUAAGUCGUUGUCCCUAGAUAAAUGAUUUUAGAAGCUCAUGCUUCUGACAGAAAACCGCGGGAGGUGAUUUGCUCUGGACGUAUUGAUUCGGAAUUUGGGUAGUGUUGGAGAUGCUGCUGUGCACAGGGCUCUGAUGUCAUGGAUACGAAGAGCGGAAGCGAUCUGGAGAGAAAUGGACAGGCCACGCGGGGAUUUCAGACGGACUUUUCAGAUUAGAUUGGCUUGCGUUUUAGAUCGUGUUCGUACGAAAAGGCAGUCAGGACAUCUUGAUAUGCCAGUGUGUGUUCUUUGCAGUUGCUCUUUUGUCACAGCACCUCUCUGUCUGGAUAGGUGGCUGUGACUCUAUGUCGGUUCGCACUCCGGAGCUGAACGUGCUGUUUCACUAACCGCAUUUGUGGAACACACUGUGUUAGUAUGAUGUGGUUGUCCGUCUAUGGGCAUCCGUCUGCCACGGGUAAUUACGUGUUUACACGCAAAAUAUUGCUCUUCCCAAAACGUGUACGUGUUACCCGAAAAUAGAUUUUGUACUGGCUUAUGGUCAACCUCGAGGGCCAGAGGCGGCGCCUCUCUCCGCGUCUCUUAUUGAAAUGGAAGAUUGAUGAUGCAGGCAUCCUUUCGCAUUCGAUUUUGAGACUAUGCUUUUGGAAACUGCAGUUUUUAAUCCGGG